AUGACGACGGGUUCCUUCAUAAAGUUUGUCACCAUCGCUUGCGACUAUGACCGGAUUCGGCGCGUGAACAAACGCGAGGUGUUGAACGACGAGAAAGAGCGCUGCACUGUCGGAGUCCUUGGCAUCCUCCUGUCGCUGGAGCUGUUGCUGGGCGUGACUGCAUCUUCUGUCUCCACUUGUUCCGGCUCGCUGAAUGUCCCCUCCAACUGUGCGGCCAAUAUCGGCGCUUUCACCGGCGGCAUCACCGUUCUCAUGCAGACCACGCUUGGGGCUGACCUGAACUGCGCCAAGGGUGUGAAGCAGGGUAAGAGAACUCCACAGGAAAAAAUCGAUGCCUUCGUUGCCAAGAAGGAGGCACAGAUACAAAGAGCAAAGGAUUCGGCUGCACGCAGCGUGAACAAGUGGCUCAUCAAUGCGGGCGUCGACGUGGAGAAGUUGCCAGCUCCUCCUGCAGUGCCGACUCAUACGGUCUACAACGCAAUCAACCGAUGCGUGGCUCAAGUCCAAUUUGGAGCCACUUUCCUGAUGCGGUUUGCCAUCAUCCUGGCAGACAGCACAAUACAUUGCCAUCCGGGCGUGGUCGGCCAAGAAGGGCGUGUUUGUGCCAUUGACAUCACCGGCAUGAUGGCCACUCUGAGCCUCAGCAUUCGCUUCUUCUCGUUGGUUAGCAACUCCUGCAUUAACAUUGUCGGUCGCGCAGACAAUAAUGCCAAUUGCGUGGCAUCAGUCGCAGGCAUCACAGGUGCAACCAUGGCCUCAACUUCUUCUGGCAUGAACUUGGAGGCGGCGUGCAAGACCGCAUUUGGCGACUGGAACCCCAACCAGUGGCCGUCAGGCAAUAACGACAUUCCUGUCGAGGACGGAAAUGUCAUACUUCCGGAUGUAUGA